AUGGCGGCGAACCUGAGCCGGAACGGGCCCGCGUUGCAGGAAGCCUACGUGCGGGUAGUCGCUGAGAAGUCCCCAACUGACUGGGCCCUCUUUACUUACGAAGGCAACAGCAAUGAUAUCCGCGUGGCUGGCACUGGGGAGGGGGGCCUCGAGGAGCUGGUGGAAGAGCUCAACAGCGGGAAGGUGAUGUAUGCCUUCUGCAAGGUGAAGGACCCCAACUCCGGCCUGCCCAAGUUUGUUCUCAUUAACUGGACUGGUGAGGGUGUGAACGAUGUGCGGAAGGGGGCGUGCGCCAAUCACGUCAGCACCAUGGCCAGCUUCCUGAAGGGAGCCCACGUGACCAUCAAUGCCCGGGCUGAGGAGGAUGUGGAGCCCGAGUCCAUUAUGCAGAAGGUAGCCAAGGCUUCGGGGGCAAACUACAACUUUCACAAGGAGAGCAGCCGCUUCCAGGAUGCAGGACCCCAAGCCCCUGUGGGCUCUGUGUACCAAAAGACCAACGCCAUGUCCGAGAUCAAAAGGGUCGGCAAAGACAGCUUCUGGGCCAAAGCAGAGAAGGACGAGGAGAACCGCAAGCUGGAGGACAAGCAGCGGGCAGAGGAGGAACGCCGGCGGCUGGAGCAGGAGCGUCAGGACCGGGAGCGGCGUGAGGCUGCCCGCCGUGAGCAGCGCUACCAGGAGCAGGAGCGGGAAUCCAGCUCCCAGAGGAAGCCUGAAGAGCAGCAGGAAGUCAUUUCAGGGGCACGACUGUCCCAGGCCUCCGCCUGUCAGCAGCCCAUGCACCCACGGGACAUCUUCAGACAGAAGGAGAGGGCCAUGUCCACCACCUCCAUCCCCAGCCCCCAGCCAGGCAAACUGAGGAGCCCUUUCCUGCAGAAGCAGCUCACCCAACCAGAGAUCACCCCCAUCAUCAGGGAACCCACAGGCUCCUCCUCUGGUCCAGAUCUCCUCAGGGACCCGGGGCCCACUGUCCUUGAGUCUGCAGUGCCGGUGGAGGAGGAGGCUGUCUACCAGGAGCCCCCGGAGCAGGAGAACCUCUACGAGGAGCCCCCACUGGUACAGCAAGAAGAAGCUUGCUCUGAGUUCAGCCACUAUGAGCAGGACGCAGGACUGCCUGGGAAGGGGCUUUGUGCCCGGGCCCUGUACGACUACCAGGCAGCGGAUGACACAGAGAUCUCCUUCGACCCUGAAAACCUCAUUACUGGCAUCGAGGUGAUUGAUGAGGGCUGGUGGCGUGGCUAUGGGCCAGAUGGCCACUUCGGUAUGUUUCCUGCCAACUACGUGGAGCUCAUUGAAUGA